CAGUAGGCCUGGGAGGCUCAGGCCCAAGGGCUCAGUUGGGUUGAUGCUAGACUGGGCUCCCUAGAUAUGAAGGAUGAGCCCGUGCUCUUCCAACUGGCGCCCCUGGCAUACAGCCUGGGAAGCUGAGGCCCAGGAAAAGGCAGCAGACGAGACACUUUAGCUUCCCUCUGAGCCCGCCCCCCACCCAACCAAACCACCCCGGGACUCCUAGGUCCAAGUCUCCGCUGUGUGCCCUCAGGCACACCUCUUUCCCUCCCUGGGUCUCAGUUUCCCCAUUAGGAAAUAAAGCAGGGCCUGAUUUUCAAAUAACUUCCGGCUGGAACAGUGGGAAUGGAGAGAGCUAACCCUAGGGUUUGGGUUCUGUUCUCUGACCGCGCCUCGGUUCCUCUCCAGGCCUCGGUUCCUCUCCAGGCCUCGUUUCCUCAACAGUCAAAAAAGGGAGGAAAGGAGGUGAUUUCCUAGUUGGGCGAAGUAGGGGGUCCCGCCUGGGCCCUUGAUUGAAAACAUCGCUUCCUCUCUGGCUCCCCGAUCUGAGUCAGCGCCGUGCCCUCGGCGGGCCUCAGUUUCCCCAGCCGCCCCGCCAGGCGCCUGGACGCCGAGGGCCGGGGUCCCAGGGGCGCAGCCCCCUGCGGCUGCGCGCUGGGCGGGUAGAUGACAUCACCGGGCCGGAGGCGGGGAGGGAGCGAGAGGGCCUCCUGCGCGCCAGGCGCAGCACCGGGUCAGGCUGAGUCGGGUGGCCGCGGCCAUGACGCAGGGUCCCGGCGGGCGCGCAUCCCCCGGGCCUCCUGCGCCCCCGGAGCCCGAGGCGCCCACCACCUUCUGCGCGCUGCUGCCGCGCAUGCCGCAGUGGAAGUUCGCGGCCCCGGUCGGCUUCCUGGGUCGCGGCCAGGCGGCGGCGCGGGCGGCGGGGGAUGCGGGGGUCGCGGGGGGCACUGACCCCCAGCCGGAGUCGGUCGGCCCGGCUAGCAUCCCAGCGCUGGCGGCUGCGGUUCUGAACGCCUGCGAGCCGCGCUGCGCCGCGCCCUGCCCCCUGCCGGCGCUCAGCCGCUGCCGGACCGCCGGGCCGCGGGGUCCGCGGGGCGCGCGGGGGACUGCCGGGCCCCCAGACGCCGGCGCCGACGAGUGGAUCCGCAAAGGCAGCUUCAUCCACAAGCCGGCGCAUGGCUGGCUACACCCAGACGCCAGGGUCCUGGGUUCUGGGGUCUCCUACAUCGUGCGGUACAUGGGCUGUAUCGAGGUCCUGUGCUCCAUGCGCUCCCUGGACUUCAAUACUCGCACCCAGGUCACCAGGGAAGCCAUCAACCGGCUCCAUGAGGCUGUACCUGGCGUCCGGGGCUCCUGGAAGAAGAAGGCUCCCAACAAAGCGCUGGCCUCCAUCCUGGGCAAGAGCAACCUGCGCUUUGCCGGCAUGAGCAUCUCCAUCAGCAUCUCCACUGACGGCCUAAACCUCUCAGUGCCCGCUACGCGCCAGAUCAUCGCCAACCACCACAUGCAGUCCAUUUCCUUCGCGUCGGGCGGUGACACGGACAUGACGGAUUACGUGGCCUAUGUUGCCAAGGACCCCAUCAACCAGAGAGCCUGCCACAUCCUGGAGUGUUGCGAGGGCCUCGCCCAGAGCGUCAUCAGCACCGUGGGCCAAGCCUUUGAGCUGCGCUUCAAACAGUAUCUGCACAGCACCCCCAAGGUGGUUGUCCCCCCAGAAAGGCUGACCGGGCUGGAGGAGUUGGCCUGGGGAGACGAGGAGGACACAGAACACAAUUACUACAACAGUGUCCCAGGAAAGGAGCCGCCCCUGGGUGGGCUUGUGGACUCCAGGCUCACCCUGACACAGCCCUGUGCCCUCGGGACCCUUGGAGCCCUCAGCCAGGGUGCAUCUCCUCGAAGAGACGCCCGUGGCCUGCAGUGGGAGCUGGGCCUCUCAGCUCCACCAGGGGAUGGCUACGUGCAGGCAGACGCCCGGGGGCCCCGAGACUACGAGGACCACCUGUAUGUCAAUACGCAGGGUCUGGAUGCCCCGGAGCCCCUGCAGCCUGAGGACAGCCCCAAGAAAGACCUGUUCGACAUGCGCCCUCCCUUCCCAGCAGGAGGCAGCUGCCGGCUCCCUGCCUCCUGCACCCCGUCCUCACUCGCAGGACCCUUCGAGGAUGCCCUGAAGCUGCAUGAGUGCUCCGUGGCGGUGGGCACAGCGGCAGAUCCCCUUCUCUUGGAGGACCAGUGGCCCAGCCCCCCCACCCGCCGGGCCCCUAUAGCCCCCACGGAGGAGCAGCUGCGGCAGGAGCCCUGGUACCACGGCCAGAUGAGCCGUAGGACGGCGGAGAAACUGCUCCGAGCAGACGGGGACUUCCUCGUGCGCGACAGCGUCACCAACCCCGGGCAGUACGUCCUCACUGGCAUGCACGCUGGGCAGCCUAAGCACCUGCUGCUUGUGGAUCCUGAGGGCGUGGUGAUGGCUCUAGCCCUGGCUCCUGUCCCUGCUCCCCAGACACCCCUGGUGUGGUGGCCUUUAGUGGUGGCUCAGCCUUUUCUCUGGACCCUGGUCAGGCCGGAACCGCCGCUGUCUCUCCUUCCUCCACAUGGGCCUCGAAUCUCCCUUCUCCAGCAGGCCUUGGGUUGGGCUGGGUAACCCUGGCCAGGAGACAGGAGCCCAAGACCCAUUCCUUGUGCCAACGCCCCUCCUGCCUCCACCCUUCACCUGGAGUGAAGGUGUACGUACCAAAGACAGAACCGUUUCUUGCCUUUAAUGAAAAGAUAUCAGAAAGCAGCCUUCUCCCUCAGAGCCCUGGCUAAGGUCCCUGUGAGAUGGAGGCACUGGCUCUUUUUCGGGCUGGACCUCAGCUCGGGAGGGCUCCCAAGCCCCUGAAAUGGAGAUGGAGUCCUGUCUUGGCUGGCCUCAUUGUUUCCACCUGAAAAAUUGGUACACAGUUGUCUUUUGGAGGGAGAACAGAGGUGCUUUGGGUCUUCAGACAUGGACAUGUGCUGAGUCAGUGUUGGGGGGCAAGCCUUCGGGCAUCGACCUGGACUGGACAUUUGGAAUAUGUUUGUAAUUAAACCUGGGAAUGGCUGCACACUAA